CAGCUACUGGGGUUCCUGCUUCGCCCGUCCAAAACCUUCUCUUUCAGUACAAAUUUCCCUCAUUUCCCGACCUCUGUUCUCCCCCGCGGCUUGGGGAGUGAGAGUUCAAACCCUUGGGGAGGUGUGCGUACCGUAAGACCCCAGUGGGAAGAGUGGGAAAUGAGAUAGGAGGGGAAAAGUAGAGCGGUGUAGUUCCGUUGUUACUGUCACUGAUGGCCAGGAGGUAGCUGGAGGCUCCACUAUCCCCUCUUACUCCUCCUCCUCCUCCUCCUGCCUCCCUCCGGCGACCUGGCCCCUCCCUCCCUGUUCCCUCCGCAUAGUCAGCUGCAGGAGUACACAGCCUACCUCUCUCAGCCUGCCUCUCCCUCUCACUAGCACUAGAAACACCUAAAAAAGUGAUUAUAUUCGUCCCUUUUCGAGUGUCCGUCCGUUCAGCGCGCCGGGACAAGGAAAAGAAGCGCUCUCCUGUGUGUUCCUUCCAUUUCUCGACCUUCUCACCGUGUUUCCUCCAUCCCUCCAUCCUCCAGCCGCGGGGAGGCGAUGCGUGUGGAGUGGUAGGGUGGAGCUGUGGCCGUGUGUGGUGUGGUGGAGGCGGUGGAGCAGGGAAGUGGAUGGAGGGUGGAGCCGUGUGUUAAUAAAGGGAUCAUAUGGUUAGCAUUAAGAUGAGCGAGAGCAAAGAAGAGGCGGUCUGUAACAACACACACAACCACCGCCAGCAACUCUUACACCACCAACAGGAGCUAGAGCGGGACCUGGAGGCUGGCUCGUGUGCUGACGGAGACGAUGACGAAGAUCUCAGACUGGACGACGGCACAGGGGGGGAGGAAGACGAGGUGUUUGAGGGAGAAGGAGGCGAGGAAGGAGAGAGCUCAAAAAAGUCACAAGCUAUACCACCUCUCUACAGGAACAUCGAGGAAGGCUGUACGGCGCUAGGAUGUUACUCGGCCAUCCUUACAACCAUUGUGAUGAUUAUUGGCAUAGUGGCACUUCUAAUGUACUCCUCUCCGGGAAAUGUCAAGGCGGCCAAGCUAGUCUUUCCCAACUCCACUGCACUAAAUGAGACCACAGUGGAGGAGGAGAUGGAGGAGGAGCUGGUGAUUGAGUGAGUGUGUGUGUGUGUGUGUGUGUGUGUGUGUGUGUGUGUGUGUGUGGUUUGGGCUAGCUUUUAAUAUGGUUGUUUAAAAUAUUCUAAUUCAUCUCUCUCUCUCUCUCUCUCUCUCUCUCUCUCUCUCUCUCUCUCUCUCAAAAUACCCUCAAAUAACUUUUUUUAACCAACUUUUUUCUCUCUUACUUUCUCAAAAAUGCCUCACAUAACUUUUUAAGCCUCUCUCUCUCUCUCUCUCUCUCUCUCUCUCUCUCUCUCUCUCUCUCUCACCAAUCAAAACGUUCUCCUCCAUCUCUGUUCCUCUGUGCACCAAUGAGAUAUCUCCCCCACGUGUGUUGACCAAUAGGAGCCAAGCUAGGGAUCAGAGAACCAAUGGGAACGCUCCUUCAUGUUUUUGUCUCCCUCAUCACGCUUCAGCCAAUCAAAUUACACCACAGCCUGCCGUCAACUAAUCAAAAGUGCUCGUUUGUUGUACGUUUCUGGUGUGCUGCGCGUACGAUGGUUCCUUUUGUUGUUGUUGAGGUGAUGAUGUACGAUGAUCUCUUUUUUUUGUAUACGAUGUUUAUAUAUUUUUUUUAUGUGUGUUGAGGUACGAUGGUCUCUUUUUUUUAUAUUUUGUUGUUAUUGAGGUACGAUGAUCUCAUGUUUUGUUGUAUAUUAUGAUGUGAUGAUCUUUUCGUUGCUGUGUGUUGAGGUACGAUAGUUUAUUUAUUUAUUAUUUUUUGUAUACGAAGGUUAUGAUACUAUUUUUGUUGUUGAGGUACGAUGCUCUCUUGUUUUUUGUUGUGUACGAUAAUUAUGUGAUGCUCUUUUUGUUGUUGUUGUGUUGAGGUACGAUAAUCUAUACGUAUUUUUUCCUUACGAUGGUUAUAAUACUGUGUUGUGUCAAGGUACGAUGAUCUCCUGUUUUUUGUUGCUGUGUUGAGGUACGAUAUUCAGUUUUUUUUUUUUUUAUACAAUAAUUAUGUUAACACGACGAUCACGGUACGGUACGACACUUUUGUUUUGUACGAUAGCUAAGGUACGGCAUUCCUACUUUUGUUGUUGUGUACGAUAAUUGUUAUGGUUACGUGCGGUAGUCACGGUACAAUACUCAAAUGUUACUGUUACGUGUACGAUAAUUACGGUGCGAUAGGGUACUCCUGUUACGAAUGACACUUCUAUAUUACGAACGACACUUCUAUUUUACGAACGACACUCUUAUUUUACGAACAGACUCCUAUUUCACGAACGACACUCCUAUUUCACGAACGACACUCCUAUUUUACGAACGACACUCCUAUUUUACGAACGACACUCCUAUUUUACGAACAAUACUCCUAUUUUACGAACGACACUCCUAUUUUACGAACGACUUUACGAACGACUUAUUUUACGAACAAUACUCCUAUUUUACGAACGACACUCCUAUUUUACGAACAACACUCCUAUUUUACGAACGACACUCCUAUUUUACGAACGAACGACACUCAUUUUACGAACAAUACUCCUAUUUUACGAACGACACUCCUAUUUUAAGUGUACGAUAUUCACGAUACGAUACUGUGAUUCCAAAAUGCACUCGCUAAAUGUAUAAUUCUUCCUUUUUAAUUGUUGAUGCUAUAAAAGUUAAGAAAAAGAAAAAAAUAGGAAGAAAAAAUGAGGAUGUUUUGGUGUAAAUAUUGUUAUGUUAAUUGUACGAGAUUCAGAGUACGAUAGUUUUGUUAUUUUGUACGACACUUUACUUCAUCACUUGUACCAUUGCAAUAUAUAUAUACACUCUUUUUAAUUUGCAUCAAAGCAGUUCUUCUUUCAUUUAUUUACUUGCACCAAAGAGAAAAAAAAGAUGACAAGAUUUCUGACGAUUAAUUAAAAGAAAGAAAGAAUGAAAGAAAACGGAGAAUCAAAGGGCUGACUAGUGGAAAGUAAUGACAGCACACAUUUUAAACAUUUAUUUCAUUAAUGGUCAGGAAAAUUAUGACAAAAAAUGCAGAAUGAAAUAAAACAAACAAACAAGAUGACUACGAGGAUUAAAAAAAAAAAAAAAAAUACAGGAUCAAAUAAAAACAAAGACUACGAAAAAUUAUGAAAGGAAAAAAAAACCUAAUAAUAAUAAUAAUAAAAAAACAGGUUAAAAUUUCAAAACAAACGCUUUCAAGUAACGACCACCCGUUUUCUACACGAAGAGAACGUUUAGGGAUCACUUCAUUAAAAUGUUUCUUUUUCUGACGGGCGAAACAAAAGGAAAAUAAUGGAUACAAUUUAACUUCAUUUCAAAAUAUAUCGUUUUUACCUUUUUUUAUCAUUAUUAUCGCACGUUUGUUGAGAAUAUGACGAUUGUUUUGCUGUGUGUGUGUGUGUGUGUGUGUGUGUGUGUGUGUGUGUGUGUGUGUGUGUGUGUGUGUGUGUGUGUGAUGGUUUGUCAUUUGCUUUCACUGUACAUACAAUUAUCUUAUUCAUAAAUCUAUAUAAAGAAAUACUAUAUAUGAAUGAAAUGAAUAAAUGAAUCAAACAAAAAAACAAACAAACACACAAAUAUGUAUAAUGGAUUCCGGAAUUGUGUUUUUCUCAUUCACAAACAACAAAAACAACAAAAAACGAAACAAAUUGAAUAAAAGUUGUAAUAUUUGACUUUUAUCACAUUUUUCGUUCAGGAAGGAAGAAAAACACAAACUCGGAAUCUUCAGACUAAUAAUAAUAAUAAUAAUAAUAAUAAGUCUUGCAAAUUUUUCUAUUCACCAUUCAUUAAUUAUCAUACAAGUCUCGCUUUAUUCACAAAAUAAUAAUAAUAAUAAAAAAAAAAUCACAUAAUA